AUGAUGCGGAAUGACUCGAUGAGAAAACAUAUUUACACCAGCUUGGAACGCGUGGAUAUGAAUUUUAUCGUGAUAUUAAAAAUCUUCUCCCGAAAAGUGGAAAAAUCAGAAACAACCUCAAACCAAGAAAUUCUUGACUCAAGUGCAUUUCAAAAACCAAUUUCAUCACCAGAAAGCACAAGAGAUUUAUUAAAUGCACAUUUCAAGAUUGAUUCAAAUUCUGACAGCAUGAAUGAAUUUUCAAAAAUUGAAGUAUUAUGUACAAUUAAAACGCAACAACGACAUGAUAAAGAAACUCAAAUUAAGAUUCAGUCUUAA